AUGUACCAGUACAGGUUAGGGUCUGACCCGCUAGAAGGUAGCUCUGCAGAGAAGGACCUGGGAGUCCUGCUGGACAGCAAGUUAACCAUAAGACAGCAGUGUGCCCCUGUGUACAAGAAGGCCAAUGAGGAUGAAGAUGAUGAAGAGAUGGUGGAGCCAAAAGCACAGGAUGACUUGGAGACAGAAAAUCAAGACCAGAAGCAGGAAGUGAAAGAAGCUCCUCCUAGAGAACUGACAGAAGAAGAAAAACAGCAAGUUCUCCAUUCAGAAGAAUUCCUGAUUUUUUUUGACCGGACAAUACGUGUAAUUGAGCGAGCUUUGGCUGAAGAUUCAGACAUCUUCUUUGACUACAGUGGCAGAGAUGUAGAAGAGAAAGAUGGAGAUGUUCAAGCAGGAGCCAACCUUUCCUUUAACCGUCAGUUUUAUGAUGAGCACUGGUCAAAGCAUCGUGUUGUCACCUGUAUGGAUUGGUCUCUUCAGUAUCCUGAGUUGAUGGUUGCAUCUUAUAACAAUAAUGAAGAUGCUCCACAUGAGCCUGAUGGGGUAGCCUUGGUAUGGAACAUGAAGUUCAAGAAAACCACACCAGAAUAUGUUUUCCAUUGUCAGUCCUCCGUGAUGUCUGUCUGUUUUGCCCGCUUUCACCCAAACCUGGUCGUUGGCGGAACUUACUCUGGCCAAAUUGUCCUGUGGGAUAACCGCAGUCACAGGCGCACUCCAGUUCAGAGAACUCCCUUAUCUGCUGCUGCUCACACGCAUCCUGUGUAUUGCGUGAAUGUAGUUGGAACACAGAAUGCGCACAAUCUCAUUACUGUCUCCACGGAUGGCAAAAUGUGCUCCUGGAGCCUGGACAUGCUCUCGACUCCACAGGAGAGCAUGGAGCUAGUGUACAAUAAGUCCAAACCAGUGGCGGUUACAGGAAUGGCUUUCCCAACUGGAGAUGUCAAUAACUUUGUCGUUGGCAGUGAAGAGGGAACAGUCUACACAGCCUGUCGUCAUGGAAGUAAAGCUGGCAUUGGUGAAAUUUUUGAAGGCCACCAAGGACCCGUCACAGGAAUCAAUUGUCACAUGGCAGUGGGUCCAAUUGACUUUUCCCAUCUCUUUGUCACAUCAUCAUUUGACUGGACAGUCAAGUUGUGGACCACAAAG